AUCUUCGCGGCGCACCACGAGUUCGUGCGCGACGACGCGCGCGACGGCGCGUCGAAGCGCUGGGAGACGCGCAUGGCGCGGCGCUACUACGACGAGCUCCACAAGGAGUACGCGAUCUGCGACCUGUCGCGGUGGCGCGACGGCGCCGUCGGCCUGCGGUGGCGGACCGAGGCCGAGGUGCUCCGCGGCAAGGGCGAGCGGACCUGCGCGGCCCGCGGCUGCGACGCGGCGGACGGCCUCCGGUCCUACGAGCUGCCCUUCGACUACGAGGAGCGCGGCGAGGCGAAGCGCGCGCUCGUCAAGGUC